GGCUGUAGCCCCGCCCCGUGGCUUGCCCUGGACUGAGUCUCCCUGUUGCCCUCGCCGCAACCGCUAACUCCCCGCGGGGCGUGGGUCCCUGAAGGAGCCGGGCGCCAUGGCAGCUGAGGCCCUGGCGGCUGAGGCCGUAGCUUCGCGCCUGGAGAGGCAGGAGGAGGACAUCCGCUGGCUGUGGACCGAGGUCCAGCGCCUGAGGGACGAGCAGCUGAACGCGCCCGAUCGGUGCCAGGCGGAGGGGCCGUGCCUCACGCGGGAGGUGGCGCAGCUCCGGGCGGAGAACCGCGACCUGCGCCACAGGCUGUAUCGCCUGCGGCUGUGCCUGGCGGAGGAGUUGAGCCAUCAGGCCAAGCUAGAGAGUGCGGCGCGGGCGGCUGCGGCGCACGGGGAGGCCGAGCGCGCGGCUGCGGGCACGCAGCCUCCUUCUAGUCAAAGCCAAGAAAAGGACAUUCAAAAGGAGAAAUUGAAGGAACAUGGACCUGACAGUGAGGUGAAACAACCAAAUUUUAUAAAAGAAAGGCUGGAACUUUUUGAAACCUUGAAGAAAGAACAUCAGCUUUUGCAUGCUAUGUGUGAAACAAAGGAGAAUGCAAGCAAUGUGAUAGCAGUAAGACUGACUGAUGGGAAAACAGUGGAAGGGGAAAUUUGGAAAACAACACCAUAUAAUGUGGCUGCUGAGAUUAGUCAAGAACUGGCUGAAAACACAGUAGUUGCCAAGGUAAAUGGUGAAUUAUGGGACCUGGACCGCCCAUUGGAAGGAGAUUCCACUCUAGAGCUGCUGAUGUUUGAUAAUGAGGAAGCUCAAGCUGUAUACUGGCACUCCAGUGCUCAUAUUCUUGGGGAGGCCAUGGAAAUUUACUAUGGAGGCCACUUGUGCUACGGCCCACCCAUCGAAAAUGGAUUUUAUUAUGACAUGUUCAUUGGAGACAGAGCAGUGUCCAGCACUGAGUUGUCAGCCCUGGAGGACAUAUGUAAAACCAUCAUAAAAGAAAAGCAGCCUUUUGAAAGAUUGGAAGUCAGCAAGGAAAUGCUUCUGGACAUGUUUAAGUAUAAUAAAUUUAAAUGCCGAAUUCUGAAGGAGAAGGUCGACACUCCAACUACCACAGUUUACAGGUGUGGUCCACUAAUUGAUCUUUGUAAAGGCCCCCAUGUAAGACACACUGGAAAAAUUACAACCAUAAAAAUUUUCAAGAAUUCCUCAACAUACUGGGAGGGAAAUCCUGAAAUGGAAACGUUGCAGAGGAUCUAUGGGAUAUCCUUUCCUGAUAACAAAAUGAUGAAAACCUGGGAAAAGUUCCAAGAGGAAGCCAAGAAUCGUGAUCAUAGGAAAAUUGGGAAGGAACAGGAACUUUUCUUUUUUCACGAUUUGAGUCCUGGAAGCUGUUUUUUCCUUCCCCGAGGAGCCUUCAUUUAUAAUACACUUAUGGAUUUCAUACGAGAGGAGUAUCACAAACGAACCUUCACGGAAGUGCUCUCUCCCAACAUGUACAACAGUAAACUCUGGGAAGCCUCGGGCCACUGGCAGCAUUACAGUGAGAACAUGUUCACCUUUGAUAUUGAAAAGGACACCUUUGCUCUCAAACCCAUGAAUUGUCCAGGGCACUGUCUGAUGUUUGCUCAUCGUCCACGAUCUUGGAGGGAAAUGCCAAUUAGAUUUGCUGAUUUUGGAGUUCUUCAUAGAAAUGAACUGUCAGGGACUUUAAGUGGCUUAACCCGGGUCAGGCGCUUCCAGCAGGAUGAUGCUCAUAUCUUCUGCACGGUGGAGCAGAUUGAAGAAGAAAUAAAGGGGUGUUUGCAGUUUUUACAAUCAGUUUACUCAACAUUUGGCUUCUCCUUUCAAUUAAACCUGGCCACAAGGCCAGAAAACUACCUUGGAGAAAUUGAGAUGUGGGAUGAAGCUGAAAAGCAACUGCAAAAUAGCUUGAUGGAAUUUGGAAAACCAUGGAAAAUGAACCCAGGAGAUGGAGCAUUUUAUGGCCCUAAAAUUGAUAUAAAAAUCAAGGAUGCUAUUGGCAGAUACCACCAAUGUGCUACAAUUCAGCUGGACUUCCAACUGCCUAUUAGAUUUAAUCUUACAUAUGUUAGUAAGGAUGGGGAUGAUAAGAAGAGACCUGUGAUCAUUCACCGAGCAGUGUUGGGAUCAGUGGAAAGAAUGAUAGCCAUUCUUGCAGAAAACUAUGGGGGGAAAUGGCCUUUCUGGCUAUCUCCUCGUCAGGUGAUGGUCAUCCCUGUGGGUUCAACUUGUGAAGAAUAUGCAGUUCAGGUAUCCAAUGAAUUUUUUGAAGAAGGAUUUAUGGCCGAUGUUGAUUUAGAUGACAGUUGUACACUGAAUAAGAAAAUAAGAAAUGCACAGUUGGCUCAAUAUAAUUUUAUUUUGGUGGUUGGAGAAAAAGAAAAGAUAAAUAAUGCUGUAAAUGUUCGAACAAGAGACAACAAAAUUCAUGGAGAGAUUUCAGUAACUUCUGCCAUUAAUAAAUUGAAGAAUCUCAAGAAAUCACGUACACUAAAUGCUGAGGAAGACUUUUAAAGUGCUUUCCUUGUACUUGCUUCUAUGUAAUCUAUUUUGACCUUUGCAAAUGUAUUUUUCCUAACUAACAUGUUAGAACUUCUAAGAACUUUGGACCCACUGAUGGAUCCACUCAUGGGAUCAGUUGAAAUGGGUCACAGUGAAUGAUUAGCAUAUAUGUAUAAAGUUAAUUCAUUAAUGUGUUCUGAAGAUGAUAAGAAGAGAAGCUUGGGAAAUUUCCAAGCAAUCAAUGACUUCAGAGACCUCAAUAGUGAGAUAUUAUUCAUUGAAAGAUGGAAACACUAGAAAAUGAGAUAUAUGAAGUUAUUGCUAAGACUUGUGAUUUUCAGCAGAUAGGCUUCAGGGCUAGGGACAGAGCUCAGUUGCAGAGCGCUUGCUUAGAAUUCAAAAGGACCUGGGUUCUAUCCCCAGCACUAAGAAAAAAGGGGGGAAAAAGAUAGGUUCCAUUAAAAGUCCACAAAGCCUUUUUGACUUUGAGGGGAAAUCUUAUUUUCUUAUGUCUCAGAUAUUUUUAUGGCUGUUUUUAAGUUAACAUUGAAACUAUCUCAUUUAAAUGGAAUCAUUACUUAAUUAUUUUAACUAACCGGCAACAAUAAGUAAAGCAGGUAUUAAUAAAUAUUGAAUUACUGACAAAGGACUCAUAACAUCAAAGAAAUUCAGUGUUGUGGAAUCUGUUAUUUGCAUUGUAGUUUAAGAGUUGCAGUUUUAAUGCUUCUAAUUAAAAAUUAAGUUUUGUUCGGCUUUAGAAAUAAUGAAUUCCCCAAUACAAUGCAUCACACAGUGUUUCCUUGUUUCGGCUUUGGGCUUAUACCAGUAAGAUGCUCACCUAGAGUUAAAUUGCUUUUUUGUUGGGAAUGACAUUUUAUUGAUUUAUAGACUCAAAAUGAUUUCUGAUUUUUACUUCCUGAGGAAUGUGAACUGUGAAAUAGUUGGUAAACAAAGUGUCAUAUGUCAGGCCUGUGUAGUAGUAAUACGUGUACCUUGUGAUAAAAAUUUUAAAGCAUG